CCUGUUGGUGUGGACAGGGCUGGCAGUCGGGAUCUGAGUGUCUCCUGCUCUGAGCCACAACAUGGACGGGAAGCAGUCUGACAGGUCACACAGUCGCAGCUCAACUGAUGGGCCCUCAUCAGCCAUGUCCUACGACCCCAGAAUCUUCUCCCACGUUUCUGCUUCUGCGAAGGAGUCAUUGUGCACCAAGGCACCUCAGGACUCUGCCUCCUGGGACAAACAGUCCCAUCCUGCCACCAUUGUGCUGUGCGGGUCCAAAAGCAGCCAGACUACCCUGGUGCCCAAGGAACGCCAGAUGUUUAUGGAGGAGGCCUACAAUUCAGCCAUCUGCUUCAAGAUGCUCCGGGACGUAGGCACCUCAGACCCUCUCCAGCUCAAGCACAUCACCAAGAAGAUGAAGAAGAUGGCUCAGAAGUCCCCCAACCUGGUGAUGGAAACCAUCCAUGACUACUUCAAAGACAAUCCAGAGAUCUCCAGCCGGCACAGAUUCCGACUCUUCCAGGUCCUGCAGGCCGUCCUCAGAGUCCCUGAUGUCUUGCAGGAGAAAUGGCAGAAAGACUUCAUGCGGCUGUCCCUGGAGCACAUGACCAAGUCCACGGACCUGGACGACAUAUACCAAGAUGCAGCCAGCAAUGUGCUACUGGCCCUCUGUCGGCAUUCGUGGUCAGCGGUAGCCAAGCACUUGGAGACAGAGCUCCUGACGGGUGUCUUCCCACACCGCAGCCUGCUGUAUGUGCUGGGCGUCCUGUCCUCUCAAGAGGAGCUUCUCAAGAAAGAAGACAGAGAGAGCUGGAAAGAUCUGCUGUCCCAGAUGGCCAGAAAGUCGGUGCCAUUCCUGAACACAGAUGUGUGGUCCAAGGAAUUGCUGUGGACCCUUACCAAGUCUGGCCGGACACAGCAAGAGCACACCCCAGAAAAGGACUUCCUGUUCACCUACUAUGGGCUAAUCCUUCAAGCUGAAGAGAACAGCGCCACCAUCAGGACACACCUCAAAACCCUCUUGGAAACGUCUCACCAGUGGCCCAAGCAGAGGGAGGGCAUUGCUCUCACAGUGGGCCUGGCUGCAGUACGCCACUUGGAUGAUGCCUGGGCCGUCCUAGAACAGUUUGGAAAGAGCACACCCAUCAAGUGGAGCCUGCAGAGCUUCUCCCUGAAGGGUAUGCCCUGUCACCACUCCAGUAGACUGUGGGCAAGGCCUGACACCGAAUCCACCCCUGCCCGGCCCCACGGCCAGAGCCUCGAGGACCUGCGGUGGAAAUGGGCUGGCAGCACCAUCCUCCUCUCCUAUGGCCAGAUGGCAGCCAGGGCCAAGAGCCACAUCCUGCCGUGGGUGGACAACAUCCUGUCCAGGAUGAUCUUCUACUUCCGCUUCAGCUCCUGGGAUGAGACCCUGAAACAAAGCUUCCUUACGGCCGUCACGAUGCUGGUAGGGGCCAUCAGCCGGAGUGAGGGUGCCCACAGCUACGAGUUCUCCCAGACUAGCGAGCUCCUGGAAUGUCUGACGAUACUAAUGGAGAAAGAGCCCCAAGACACACUGUUCACCAGCAUCCGACAGCAGACCAUCCACGUUGUCUCCAGCCUCUGUGCUCUGAGGCCACCCAUGGAUGUGGACAGGAAGUCCCGGCUCCUCUCCGUCUGCUUCCGCAGCGUCUUUGCCCUGCCACUGCUGGAGGCCCUGGAGAAGCACACCUGUCUCUUCCUGGAGCCACCCAACAUCCAGGGACUAUACAACCAGACCAUGGAGGCCAUGGACCACAUGCUGCAAUGCUUCAUGACGCAGAACCCCACAGCCAAUGAGCUGUACUUCCUGUUGUCGCACCUGUAUGUCUGGCUGUCGUCAGAGAAGGUACACGAGCGGCAGCGGGCUGUGCACAGAUGCACGACGCUCUUCAAAUUCCUCAACCAUAAACGCUGCCUAAACACAAAGGAGACCUUCAGAAGGUUUGGGCAGCUGGUGGCCAUGCUGGGGAUCCUGUGCCAGGAUGCAGACAGAACCAUCCAGUGCUUCAGCCUAGAGGCCAUGAGCCAUGUCUAUCAACUUCUGAUGCACUGGAAAGCAGGAGAAGUUCCAGAGUUGGAAACGGAGAACCUUCAGGAACACCCUCUGCCUGACGCAGUUGGAGCUGCCCUCUGGAGCAGUGGAGACCAGAGGGGCACUCUUCUGAUCCCCCAGGAUGUGGCAUCCAAAAACAGCAGUGUCUUCAUGAGCAGCAACCAAGCCAUCAAGGAGCUCAUGAGUCAUCUUGCAAUGGCAGAGUUGACUGACCUCAUCUGGACAGCUGUUGAUGGUUUGGGCUCUACCAGCUCUUCUUGGGUGCAGGCAGCUGCCAAUAUGCUUUUCCUUGCCAUCCAGGAACACGGGGACAACCUGGCAACAGUUGGUAAAAUGGGCCAGGCCAUCCACCACCACCUCUGUGCCAUCCAAAUGCCCCAAGCCAAGGACAGUGCACUGCGUGCCAUCACCCUGCUGGCCCGGAACCACAUCCCAGAGCUGGUGGCUGCCUUCCUAGACUUUUCCACUACCAUGGACAGCCAUGCCUUUCGCCUGUGGAGAGCCCUGGGAGCUGAACAGCCUGCAAGCCAUUUGGUUCUUACUGUGCUGAUAGCGUGGCUGCAGAAGAGGCCUCUGCCGUCUAGUGCCUGCGACGGCAGCUCCUGUCCGAAAGAGAAGCCUUACUUGCGUUCACUGGCUGCCAUGAACACAAUUCACGAGCUACAGUUUGCGAGAGAGUUCAAGAAAGCCGUGCGGGAUGCCUUUCCCCAGCUAUUCCUGGCCCUUCUGGCCCAAAUACACUAUAUCCUGGAGCUGAACCAACCCACAGAGCCUGAGCAGGAGCAGAAAGCCCAGGAAGCUGCCACGCCAAGCCCCCAGAGCAGGUCCCUGGAGGCACUGAAGAGUCUGCUGUCCACCACGGGACACUGGCACGACUUUGCCCACCUGGAACUGCUGAGUGCCUGGGAACACUUCGCCUCCAUGCACACCUACCCACAGGCCGUGGGCCUCCUUGCCAGGGCCAUGGUGCAGAAUCGCUGCAAACAGAUCAAGGCCGUUCUCAGCCACUUGUUGCCCAGCCUGCAGAGCCAGCAGGAGCGAGACAGGAAGACGGCCAUCCUGGUCCUCAUUGAGUUCCUCUACAGCCCUGCCCUGUUGGAGGUGCUAUCUAAGCAGGCUGUGCUGACUAUACUGGCUCAAAGCCUCCAGGACGCCAGCUCUGAGGUCCGCGUGGCCAGCCUGCAGGGCCUCGGAAACAUACUCUUCCACGCAGAGAAGGGAGCCCUGCUCAGAGGUCAACUGCCAGCCUUCGUCAAUGGCUUCUUCCAGAACAACGAGGCAGUGGUGGCAGGCGUUAUGGGCAUGGUGUCAGAUGUACUGCACCGCCUGGGCACAGAGGGCGCAGGUGCUCAGAGUCUCAGCAUCGCCAUCAACGCCUGCCACUUCUUUGAUGACGAGCGGGACAGUAUCCGAGCUGCAGCUAUGGCACUGUUUGGGGACCUGGUGGCAACGAUGGCAGACAGGGAGCUGAGUGGCCUGCGGCCCCAGGUGUGCCAGAGUAUGGUCCCUCUGCUCCUACACCUGAAGGACCAGUGCCCAGCUGUCGUCACGCAGGCCAAGUUUGCUUUCUACCGCUGUGCCGUAUUGCUCAGUUGGCAGCCACGGCACACCCUGUUCUGCACACUGGCCUGGGAGACCGGCCUCAGCGCCCGCCACUUCCUCUGGACCUGCCUGAUGACCCACAGCCAGGAGGAAUUCAGCAUACACUUGUCUCAGGCCAUCAACUACCUGCACAGUCGCCGCCGCCACAUCAAGACCUGGGCAGCUCUUUUUAUAGGGUACACCACCUGCUACCAACCUCAGGCCGUGUCACAGAUGGUAAACGACAUGGACACCAAGCUGCUAUUCUCCACUUUUAAAGAUCUCAAAAAAGACCCAGAUCCUGGCAUUCGGGAAUUUGCCACCAGGCAGUUCGCAUUCCUUCGGGAGGUGUUAGCCAGAUCCAAGAAGUGACUUCGAGUCGUCCUCCCCCACCUCCGCUCCCAGAACAGCCCUGCCCCACACCUGUCCACAGAGCUCGGUUGUAUAACAUUUUUUUCCGUUUGAAAGAAAAAUCUAGAUUCAAC